AUUGUAUAUUUAUAUUUGAUACAAGGUGUUCAGUUCAGCUUCAGGUUAAGAAUUUUGAAUUCAAUAAUUUAUGAUGAGAUUAUCUGUAAGAGUUUCUUAAUAUCUUUAAAAGUGCAAAAACUGUCCGACUUUAAAGACACUGAUGUUAGUAAUAUCAUCUUCUCGUUGAUAAGCAAAAUUAAUGCACUAAAGUAACUAACACUGAAACCUUUGCAGUAAUUCACAACAACCGAAAAAGUCCAAGUGAUUCUGAAAUCAACAAAAUUUCCAAAGACAAUGGAUAGCAAAUUUUAUUGACAAUUAAGCAAAUGAAAUCCAUAACUAACGGUGAAACCUUUGCAGUAAUUAACAGCUAUCGAAAAAGCCCAAGUGACUUUACGAUAAACAUUUUACUAAGACAAUGGGUAGCAAACAUUACUGAUAAUUUUGAAAGUAAAUGAAAUCUUUUCCCUCCACGUGAGUGAUCUCAAUCUAAAACAAAGGCACCGAUGAUAAUGCGACAUAGUAGAUGACCAACAGCCAAUGACUGCAUUUUUAUUUUUUUGGAUUUGAUUUGAAUACUCGCUGUAUAUUCAAAAUGCGGUUCCUGGUGUGCCUUGUAAUCAUGGGGUGGUGCUGUUAUGGAAGCAGAACUGAAGAGGGUGACAGAAAGGAGCGAGCAGAGGGUGAAGAGAGGACAAUGGUCCUGAAUCCCAUCCCGUUCCAUCCAGGAUUCGGAGUGGAGUAUCGACUGCUGCGUCCCCUAGAUGAUUGGGGCAAUAGUGAAGCUGUGAUUAGUGGUGAGGUCACGGAUAUUGGUGUUCCAGGCCCUGGGGACCGGAACGAAUCAGUGAUAUUGGCAACGACUCCGUCGCUGAUAAAAAGGCCAAAAAGUCGACAGGAGACUAAGCACGAGGGGCCCGAGAAAGGGAAUAGCAAUGACAAAAGUGCGAAAUUCGCUGAUUCCGCGUUAAUUGCCUUGUAUCAUUUUCACCGUCCAGUUGAGAACGACAUGAUGGACGAAGAUGAAUUGGUCAAUAAAACACAAGACAAAAUAAAACACCUGAGUGAGAGUACAAUCAACCGAUAUAAAACACAAAUCGACGAGGAAAGUCCAAGCGAUAUAUUCAGUCCCGACUUCACCAUCUUAUCAUCCAAGUUAUUCGUCCCAUGCUGGUGGCUGACUGAUGAUGACAAGACACACAUUCAUACUAACCCAUUGACAGUAGCUGUGAUAGAUGGACACAAUCUAGAAGAUCCCGACAGCCGAGAUGAGGAAAUUGUAGAGCAAUAUGGAUACCAUGUUUUUCUCUUAGCCAAAGAGGCGGAAGCUCGAGGUGAAACACGUGGGUAUGCUAGUAAAACAGACAACAAUGAUAUAAAUAAAAAGAAAAUGGAAGAGAAGGUCGCCCCGGCAUGGAGAGCCGUGGAGGAACUACGUAGAAUGUGGCAUUCUGUCCCGAUAGCGAGUUUCUCAUCAGAAAGUUUCCCUGGCUCCUCUUCAAUUUCUCCUUCGCCUUCUCCUCCUCCUCAUCAUCAUCGAGUCUCAUCUCCGGGAAGAUCUGAACAUCCUGGCGGAAUGAAACCUAAAACUUUUUCCGAUAUUAAUGAUAGGAAGGAGGGUAAAAGAGAGACAAAUCUUGACACCACCUCCACACCGGCAAGAGGAGAACCCUUCGAGAAAGGAGGAGGAAGUGAAAAGAAAUCGAAACACACCAACAAAGGAGGCCAACUCGUAGUAGAAAAAGAGCACACGAAAGAAGUUGACGAAAGAGAUUUUUACGACGGUAUUUGUUACCGAGAUUCAAAUGGAUCUGAGACUGAAUCGCAGAAAUUAAUUCCCCUAAAUGAAGAAUUUUAUUCUCCUUUCAAUAUUUCGGAUGAUUUGUUCCCGGGAUCUCUCCAUCCGAGCAUACACGAAGAGUACCUUUACGAUCCCUCCGCCUCCCCCUGGCAUCAACUUCGAUUCGUUUCAUAUUUCCAUUCUGUAAACACUGGCUUCCUCAAGUACCCGAUUCUGACGGCCACAACGUUUCACCCAACAACAGAAAUGUGUAUGAAAAUCAAAACUGACUCUCAUGAGAGCUUUUCUCCUUCGUCAUCAAAGAAUGGUGAGAGUCCUGCUGGUGCAAAAUCGGGAACACUGCCCAAACCUGAUCUAUCCCAGAAUGUGGCUAUCGACGUAGCACCUUUACUACGAACGUGGUUGAAGUAUGCUGACCCAUUUACUCGACGCAACCCCAAGGUUGCAAUCAUAGUGCUUAAAUCAAACACGUCAACCAACAAACGAGAAACUUCUCCUCAGAAUUUCCGUUCAAAGGAAGAACAAACAGAGCUCCACUCUCAAGAACCGAGUGAAGAAAAGUCGCACCAAAAUGAAACAAGCAAUCCACACAGACCGAAUUCUGCCCCGGGCGGAACUGUGGCAGGUGGCAAAAGAGCCAUCCAUAUUCUCCCGUCCUUUCCCACCAACGACUCUUUAUCAGAGUCUCCUCUCUCCUCCCCGUUCCUCGACAGAGCCAUAAAGGAGGAUGAAUUUAAAGACUCGCCCGAGUGUUUCCUGCGUCUCUCGCCGCCAACUCUGACGAUCAACUAUCGUCUUGACAAUUCGUGUCGUCGAAGGAACGAGAUAGAACCGUGUGGGGAGGAAGCUGCAUCUGACCCUUCCUGUAUGUGCCGAAUACGACCCGGUUGCGAUGACGAGUGUGGGCUCCAGUGCGACUUCGAGGGCGAUGUCGAAUGCGCUUGGAACUGGACGAACGACGCCACCCCGGGAGCCAGCAACUUCCUGAAGGUGACCGGAGAGCAGAUCGAGGAGAUGACCAAAAGCAUGGCUCCAGGGGAAAUGACCGGCCCAGGGCGAGACACUGAUAACUCCCCACAAGGUCAUUUCUUGUACCUGGGUGUGACGAAGAGCUCCACACAGACCAACAUCACCAGGCUGAUCACUUCCCCGUGGCUGGAGAGUAGCGGCAAGGGCUGCCGUCUGGAAGCAGACUACCACGUCUGGAAAACGGAUGAGUCCUCCGUCAUCAAGGUCCUCCUUGAGGUCAAUAACAUCACCAGAAUCACCAGCCUCGAUGAUUUCGGCAAAAUUAACGAGACGGGAAAGUGGAAAAGAAGAAAGUCUUACAUUGGCAAAAUAACCCAGCCCUUCCGUUUGGGCAUCGAGGUCAUGCUGGGAACGGGGAAACCUACUCACGUGGCCAUUGAUAACAUUCAGCUCGCCAAUUGUAUUCUCGAUCUUGACCCCCCAUUGAACUGCUCUGGCAUGCUGUGUAACAAUGGAGAUUGUGUUUCUAGGGACUCCGUAUGCGACAUAGCAAGAGACUGUCGAGGUGGUGAAGAUGAAAACUUUUGUGACCAACUUCCUGUUGGUGCUCGAUGCGACUUCGAGAGCGGCUGGUGCGGUUGGCAAAACAGGUUGGAUGAUCAGAUGGACUUCAAAAGACACCAGGGAUCCACUGAAAAGGAUUUUACAGGGCCACAAUAUGACCAUACUUACGGCAACGAAUCAGGUUGGUACGUUCUGAGUGAACUUCCAAAAACAGGAAAGCUGGGAGACCAUGGUGUACUGGAAUCUCCAUACUUUGAUCCACCUCCUUGUUACCAUGGCAACGUGCAGUCUCCUUUUUACGACUCUUGUAAGCUUCGGUUCUACUACCACAAGCUCGGCCGAUAUCAGGGGAGCGUCACCGUGAAAGCCGUGGAGAUGGACCCUUCGGCCCCGAACUCAGAGCGCAAGCAUCAGUUCGAGCACGUGUAUGGAAAUACGGGGCACGCAUGGCAGAGAUACCUCCACCCCAUACCACAUGACAUCCGCCACAAGUACAAGAUCCUGAUCGGCAACGUGCGAGGAGCCAGAUUCUCCGGAGAUCUCGGGAUCGACGAUUUCUCUCUUUCCCCGGAGUGCUUCGGCAAAGGGAUCAGUCCUGAUGAAGUGAAGAAAUGCCCAGUAAUACCAACUACUACUAGAGAUCCAGCUACAACCACACCCCCGACGACCAUGCCCCCACCCGAUGGACCAUUCUGGAAGGUGACUACUUGCGGCACCACGGGGCCAUCUGGCCCAUCUGCCGAAGAUUGCUCGCGCACGUACGCAGGUACUAUGAAGCCACACCCGAUCAUCAUCUCUUCUUCGCUCCCCGGUACCCAAGGGUGGAGAGUACCUCGGGAUGGCUAUUACACAAUUAUCGCCAUGGGAGCCAGUGGCGGAGGAGGCGUUCAAACCCAGGACCGCGUGACGUACGGCGCCAUAGCCAGAGGGACCUUCUUCAUGGAUGAGAGAACCGAGCUCUAUAUCCUGGUGGGGCAAGAGGGCAUGUCGGCGUGCAAGAACACCGAGGAACUGACGCCGGAACAGAAAAAGGCCUGCAAUAGCCGCAAAGAGCCCCCAGACAUCAGCGAUUGGGAGAAGCUCGAUAAAGUGGAUAUCGUGCACCGCAUCAAAGGAAGCUCAUCACCCGGAGGGGGAGGGGGAGGAGGCGGCGCUUCUUUCGUCUUUCGGAUGGACGAAGAUAACCAGCCAAAGCCUUUGGUCGUGGGCGGAGGAGGAGCUGGUUUGGCAUGGUCGAACGUCAAUGUGACAGAGCUCCAGCAUGGCAGAGGCGUCAAUGAAUCCUUGAUGCCCAGUUACGGACACGCCUUCCGCAACUCUACGGAGUAUGGAAUAGCUGGUCCUGGUGGAGGGUGGGAGGGGAGCGCCGAGGACGAGCGCCAAGGCCAGAGCCUGGUCAACGGCGGCAUAGGAGGCUCUCCCUGCAAGGAGGGAAGUGCCUGGCGCACCUUCGGAGGAUUCGGAGGGGGCGGCGGAGGCUGUUUGGCUGGUGGCGGUGGAGGAGGAUAUACGGGUGGCAAUGCCUAUUCGUGGGGCAACAAACACGGCGAAGGUGGCUAUAGUUAUACGGACGGAGACUUCCAAGAGGUCAAAACUGGGUUGCAUUCUGGUCCAGGAGUCGUUUUCAUCAUCCCGGCUGAAAGGGAAGGAUGUGGUUGCAGUCACGUUUGCGUCUUCCUGGACCAAUUCCGUCUGGAGAAAACGUGUGUCUGCGACCCCAAGUAUGAUUUGGCAGAAGAUAACAAGAAGUGCAUCCCCAUUGGACCGGUGCCGUGGAGAAUUGCCUAUAUCUUCUUUGCGGUUCUCGGGUUCUCUCUUGUUAUCUUCAUAUCUGGUAUUUCCAUAUGUUGCUACAACCGAUACCAGAGGAAUAAGUUUACUCGUAGGCGCGAAGACAUGUUCCCUGGUCCUGACUUCCAGCUGAACCGCCUCCGCGCUCAGACUGGCGGUAUGGUCACCGAAUACAACCCCAACUACGAAUUCGGCGGAGGGACUUGCACCAUCAAGGACCUGAAGGCUGUGCCACGGGAGAACCUCACCCUCGUCAAAGCCCUUGGACAAGGAGCUUUCGGAGAAGUUUAUCAAGGAUACCUCAAAAACUAUGCUGGAGACUCGGUGGAGAUGCCAGUAGCUGUCAAGACCCUGCCAGAAAUGUCGAGUAACCAGGCGGAGAUGGACUUCCUCAUGGAGGCUCUCAUCAUGUCCAAGUUCAACCAUCCCAACAUUGUUCAUUUCAUCGGCGUCUGCUUCGACAUUCUUCCUCGCUUCAUCGUUCUGGAGCUCCUGUCGGGAGGAGACCUCAAGAGUUUCUUGAGAGAAGCCAGGCCUAAACCUGAUCGCCCUUCAGCUUUGACUAUGAGAGAUCUCUUGACGUGUGCGACUGACGUGGCCAGAGGUUGCGAGUACCUGGAGGGAAACCAUUUCAUCCAUCGCGACAUCGCUGCUCGAAAUUGCCUCCUAACGACUAAAGGUCCCGGCAGGGUAGUCAAAAUUGCUGACUUCGGGAUGGCUCGGGAUAUAUACAGGAAUGACUAUUACAGGAAGGGCGGCAAAGCAAUGCUGCCAGUUAAAUGGAUGCCACCGGAGGCCUUCCUAGACGGAAUAUUUACUUCUAAAACAGACGUAUGGUCAUUCGGUGUACUCCUUUGGGAGGUUAUGUCCCUUGGAUAUAUGCCUUACCCCGGGCGUGGCAACCAGGAGGUUAUGCAAUUGGUAACCAAUGGAGGCCGGUUGGAACCCCCAACCAAUUGCCCUGGGCCUGUUUACCGUAUCAUGACCCAGUGUUGGCAUCCUAUCCCAGACGAGCGACCUACCUUCACAUUAAUUCUCGAAAGACUUGGCUACUGUAAACAGGAUCCUGAUGUUGUCAGUCACGCACUGCCUGUGUUCCAGCGGCCUCCUUCAGCAGAGAGAGACACAACUGUGAUGCGUCCGUUAGACACAGAGGCUUGUCUAACGGUGGCACGUCGAGGAGAUGAGCCCCAGAGCCCAGCCUCAACAGACUACCUGAUCCCAUUACCGUCAUCUUAUUCUCUUUCAACUGUGCGAUCAGAGCUCAAUUCUACCCCUUCGAUAGACUCUGGGACGGACUGCUGUCAAAUGGACAGGUUACUGGAAGGGGCGCCACCACCCCCUCCACCUCCUACUUGGGAAACCAGCUUCAGCACGGAGCCACCGCCGCCAGCUGAUGUUGUGGUUAAUCACCCAAGAUCCAAACCGGUGCCCCCACCCUCGAGUCUGGUCACCUCUCGCACACCAUCGCAUGCUACUGCCCCCGCUAGGAUAGGUGAGUCCCAAUCCACACAGCCCCUGCUCAAGUCUUCGCCGCCUGGCUCUCCUCAUUCGCAAGAAACCCGGGAAAGACUCAUGAGACCUGGAGAGAGGCCUGAAGCCGCACCCAUAAUCCCCCAUCAAAAUGUGGCUGCCACCAGGGACCGCCCACGCUCACAUCAUCACUAUCAUCCUCACCGCUAUAAUAACAGCGGAAGCAGCAACAACAGCAGCAGUAGUAACAGUAGUAGUAGUAAUAGCAGUAACACUGGGAGUGGAAACAGCAGUAGCAGCACCUUACCUCUAGAUCCUACGACAUUGCCGUGCAUCCCUCCGCCACUGCAAUACGUCAAUGUGGACGUGAAGAUGCGAGGCUCUGAGUACGACCACGAGCCUUACAUCAUCCACGAGACUCGAGAACAUCGAGAAAUCUCUUGCUAGGAUGACUCCUCUCUCGCGCACUCCUCGUGCUUAGGAAUGAAUUCAUGAUUCCAUCUCUUCUCGAGAGAAGGACUCAUUGUUGUCGAUGAUGAUAAUGAUGAUGAUAUUUUACGGCAAGGAAUCACUUCCUGCCCCCCCUCACCCUCCUACGCUGUUUGCUUUCCUGGUGAAGGAAACAGUGGAGUUAAGGUUGCUCAAACCUUGUCGUAAUACAAUGAAACUAAGUCAGUCGACUCUCCUUUCUCUCUUUUCGAGGAUUCGGGACUAUGUGGUAGUGAACAGAAUGAAUUACUCCAUCUCAAAGUGAAACAGAAAAGUAAAAAGAAACUCGAGCUCGGCCAUUCCUUCUGUCCUCGGUCGGUGAAUGAAUGGCCCGUUUCGUUCAGCUCCAGCUACCACUCCGAAAUGGAAAAGACGGAGAUAGACAAAAGACUAACAAAUAUAUACGUAGAUUUCUCUUUUGCCCCUUUGCCGUUUGUACUUUGUUCAGCAUCGGGGUUGAUGCGGGUGACAAUAUUGACUAUGAAUUAAGCACACAGUGGAUAGAUACAUCACCACCAACGAAUCAUGGUUUCUUAAGUUUCGCGUCCCACAUCGCUGCAAGAUGACGAGGAGACACGAUAUGCGUGUCAUUGCAGAAGAAAAACGAGUAAACUUAGUCAUGAAACAACAGUGCCAAAUUCCAAGACAAUAGUAUUCAUUUGUGGCCAAACCAAAAAUGGAAUAAUCAUUUAUAAAUCAGUCUAGUGAAAUGGUAUAGGUUUAAACGUCCGUGAAAUGUAGAGUUUAAAGACUGAAGGUGGAAAGUUUAAGCAUAACGUCUGACUUACAUAUUUAGUUAAUGUAAUUGCUAUACAUAUUCAGACAGAAGCGACUGUGAAAGCUAAUUUUUUCACUGUGUAGCAUUACGCUAAAACAGACGUGUGAUCUUUAGCCAAAGCUCAAGGGUUUGCGAAACAGGAAAGGCGGAAGAAAGCAGUUUUCAGAAAAAGUUACAUUAAGCUUGCCAGCAAAGCGUCUUUUGGAAGUGUUUCCUUCACUGUGUUUGGCCAUUUUUGCCACCAUAUACAUGCCAUCAAUGUUUUUAGUAAUGUCAUUUUCCCUGCAAUCAAGGAAAUUCCAUCCUGUGUGUGUAUAUAUAUAUAUAUAUAUAUAUAUAUAUACUAUAUAUAUAUAAUGUGUGUGUGUGUGUGUGUGUGAACGUGGUGCAAUGUCAAUUAGUUGUUUACUCCAUCAAAGUUGUAUUUGAAAGCUACUUAUUUCAUUUAGUCAGGGUCCACUUACAGACUGACCUCUCUUCAUUGCCCCCCCGCCUCCCACACACUAAAUUAUGAAGGACGGGGCCUUUUUACCUGCAUCAACCUCAUGCACAUCACUCGCCUCCAUCGUCGAAAUCAACACUACUAUUUCAUGAAAAAACACCUAAUCGCGUCCCGUCAUAAUGUCGUAGUGUGUAGAUUAUGGUCAUCAGUUAGCUUGUACGUUCCCAUGUCGACCCCCUCCAUUAUUAAUUCAUUAUCAUCUCGCCUUACCAUCGUCAUAUUCUCUCAUGCCAUUGCAUCAUACCCUGCUCUCAACAUGUCAUUGUAUUCGAGUGAGUCAGUAAAAAUUAAAUUGCAUCCAUGAUAACCCACUAAAAGUUUUUUCAUUGAAAAUAAUCAUAUCCCGAUGCUUAUCAGUAAGUAUGUUUGUACAUUACUGAAACAUUCGUGUGAAUGAAGCGAAAGGUGCCACCUAAUAUUACAUGUAAAGAAUUUCUUUGAUAUAACUUUGAUGACAUUUUAACGUGUUCCUUUUCCUCUGAAAGUGUAUAAUAUGAAUUUAGGAACUGAACAGUAGUUUGCAGUAAUCUGCAAUUGUAGAGGAUAAGCAUGUGAUUUAUGUAAAAGUCAGAGUCGCAGAAUUAAAAGCUCAACGGUAACCUUUUGCAUUUUGCAAAACUUCGUCUGAUUUCUGGUGGCAGUAGAUAGUGGCAAAAUUGGUCAGUUAUGGAAGUCUUAAGCAGCACUGUUAUUACCUUUUGACAUGUCAUUGCAUCCCCUUUCUGUUGUUUACUGCAAGAGGACCUCCUUCGAGACAUUCGGAUCCCUCUCCCUCCUUCGGUAGGAAAGACGAAAAUCCUAAGGUCAAGCUAGUCAAUGCAAACCAGGGUAUAUCGGUACUGUUGUAACCAAGAACUAUUUUUAGAUGUAUAUUAAUAUAUCUCUUCCGUAGCUUAUGCUAUUCUCACAACCCUCUGUUAAAACAAAAGAUAAGCUAUUCCGCUGCAUUUAAUAUCUUCAUAAUAGAAACAGAAAAAGCAGAACCGUGGACAGGAACGAAAUGACAAUACACAAAACAGGUUAACAUCUGCGAUAAUACAUAAUUAUAAUGGUGAUGAUGAUACUCUAGUUUUAUACAUGAACUCAUUUUGAGAUUAAGAGUAAAUUAGGUCUCUGGUUUAUAUCUUUAGGGAAAGGACAUAAAAAUGUCGAGAAUUGCGAAUCUCCUUCUCGUCAGGUAGCAGAACAGAAGGAAGAUUUCACUGCAUUUGAUUACGUAUCCCUGACAUACUUUUUUUUCUUUUGCUUUGUAUAUAGAAUGGGAUUAAAUCUUUCCUCGCCCCGUUCCUCCUCUUGUCUCCUCCUCAAAUCCACUAGAGACUACUAUGUACAGAUGUGGAAGACCCUUACUGAAGGUGCUGGAGAAAGCAAAAAAAGAGAACGGAAGAAACUGAGGAAAUGUUACGCGAAGAGGUUAGUUCUUAUUUACUCUAUUAAAUCCCAUUAGUUGAUUAUCAUCGAUUAACUGCCCUGUUGACGGUGGCAUCGCCCUUUUAGAUUUACGCUAUUAAAAACCUCCUCAAGUAGAGCAGUUGUGAUGAUAAAGGGAGAUGUCGAAACAAACGGUGAUAUAAUCCUAGAAUCCGGUCAUGGUGCUAAAAUAGUACUCCUGAUUAUUCUUAUGACUGACGCAUUAAUACGACUUGGUCUUGGUAUCGGAGGCAACGAGAAACGGGAGACAGACAACGGCCUUCGCAGGCAGGAAAUAUUCUUUUCGCUUAGUGGAUCCCUCGGCUAUUAUGUUUUUCUUCCUCAUAGCUUCACAAUGAACGACUCGUUAGUUAACAAAAUAUCUCUAUGAUUUAACGAGAAGUGAUCGGUAAUAUACUCUACUCCUGGGUAACCAAGUGCUGCCUGAACAGUUCCACAAUGAUUAUGGGAAGAAUUACAAAUGAGCGUCUAUUGUUUUCCAUAAUUAAAUCGAACUAUAUUUAGAUACGUUAAGUAACUGAACUGAUCAAUUAUGAGUACUGGCAAAUUAAGUAAAAUUUAAAGUAAAAAGACUGAAGACUGCAAUUUUUUGUAUGAACUUCGACCGUACACUUGUUCGGACAUGUAAACUUCAUUAAUUUUUUUUUACCCCUGCCUGCUCUAAAAUGCUAUUCAUAUAUAUGGUUUCGUGUGUUAAUUGCUCCACUAAAACUGUGGAUAUUUUUUUUAACCAAUUUUAAUUCUUUAUCUCUAUUUCAUGUGAUGUUGACAACCAUUUUUAUACACUUUCUUCUAUGAAGGAAGCUUUAAUUUUUCAAUUAUCGAAACACCCUGCAUUUACUUUUUUUCCUCUUUUUUCGAAAAGCACUUAAUAUCAUUAAAAUCAAUCAUCAAUCGGUAACGCGUUAUCUUGAGUAUCAUAGUCAUUUGUCGGAUGCUAUAAAAUAAAUAAAUACUGAAUUAAAGAUGGAUUCUUGCACAAAACAGUAAGCUAUAGCAGUCUAGAGGCAUACCAGUAAUCGAUUCAUUAUGCUUUACUGUAAGAAUUUCAAACAUCAAGGCAAAACAAUGAAGUUUUGUUAGAAGAGGCGUUGAUUACAACUGACUUUGUUCAAUUUUUAUCGCCAAAAAUAAACAUUAAUGAUAGUUAGGCGAGACCAACAAAGAAGAAAUACGAGUAACGACCAACUGGGCCGAGACUCUGGGCCAUACCAAUAGAAAAAGGCUGAGAUAGAGAGCGAGUAUGGGAGAAGAUGCGAGUUAGUACCCAGGCAGAGAAUGCGCAAGAUACCGCCUCAAUGUGGUACAAGAAAACGGCCGGGAUGGUGUCAUUUUCUAUGACUGUUUGUUUCUUCGCUCCUUUAAAUACCAUUGCUGUACAUCCAUCGUUUUUAUUUCCUGAAUCGUAUCAAGAUUUCUCUUUUAAUUUUCUGUUAACCAGCAUGGUCUCAUAAAUCUACGAUUCACAUACGUGUUAACUGAAAGCGUCAUUACAUCAAUUAUUGGACAUGCCGUAGCUGUGUCUAGUUUUGCAUUCAAAACUUUCAUUCUUAUUCUCCUCUUUCUCUGAAAUACGGUGAGUGAAGAUUUUUGAAGUUGUCCGGUUGUUCUCCAUUAUACUUCGUAAAAUAUGAACCAAAGAAAUUUUAAAUAAAUAAUCUUAUUAAUAUACUUUAUUAUGGACGCAUUUAUGUAUAAUAUCCUAUUAUUAUUAUUAUUAUUAUUAUUAUUAUUAUUAUUAUUAUUAUUAUUAUUAUUAUUAUAGAUGAUCAUCGCGUCAACUUUAUUUAUAACAUACCCAAAAGUGCCAGUGUCAUAUUUUGAUCCAAGUAACUUUUGUCUUUAAGUAAAAAUUAAAUAUAUAUUAUAUAUAAAGAAAAUAGCUAUGUGCAAUGCCUGGACGAGGGAUAGGAAGUUAUGAGGGGGAAAAAAAGUGCGAUCGCUUCCACGCCAGCUCGUUGCAUGCCCCCGGAAUAUGGAAUGGCAUGCCCGCAGAGUUUUUCAUACCCUGUCGACCAAGUGACUAGGAGACGUUCAUUACCAGAUAUACAAUGCUAACGCCCAAACGAGAAAAAUAACGGUUGUGCAUUCCUCGUGUAAACUUGCUCAGAUUAAUGUUCCAUUUUAUAUUUGGCUUGUAGAGAAGUAUGAUCUAUUUGAAGUUUUCAUCAUGACACUUUCUUUCGUAUUUCGUCUACUAAAUUUGCGUCAAGUGUCUGACGCUUUAUGAAAUCAAAAGCUAAAAAAAAUAUCGUUCUAGAGAAGCAUACGUAUGGGUACAUUUUUGUUAUUGUCAUCGAGUAGGGUAACGUUAGCCGUCGGAUAGGUAUCUGAUCGUAACCCUGUAGAAAGGAGUUUCUAUACGACAUCAAAUCACCAGAAGGAAGUGUGAGAGUUCGCUUCUUUGGCUCGUGUGUAGCUGUAAAAGAGGGAAUCAACCACUGAUCUUUUCAAGUUAACUUUUAGGGAAGGAAUAAUUCAUGGAAUCUUAACAGUAAUGGUUUGUUGCGAUACUUUUAAACCCACAUGCUGCUUUUAUUAUUUAGUCUUCUUCGUAUAUGUUAGCUCGAGCGCGCAACUGGCUUUGCGACCAAGAGUUAACACAAAUCAAAUUUCUAUUAGUAAGACAAAUCUUAUUUUUUACGUACUGUCGAUAUUACGGGACACGUUAAACGUAUCUCAUCGAAUUUAACAAAAUAUUUAUAAACCGCCUAUAUUUAAGGGUAAGAGUUUUCCGGAGUGGGGAAUGUCCAGUUCAGUCGUUUCGUACCAUGACGAUGAAUAUGAUGUCGACGCGAAACCUGUGUCGAAAUCUCGUUACCUCAGGAGUUUUGUGCAACGCUGCCUCCAUCAACACGGAAAAACCUUCCCUCCCCCCCCACCCACCCACACCCCUUUCGCCUCCCAGUUUACUAAUGCAGCUCAACUCGGUUUUUUUUUUUUUUCCUCUUUUCUUUUCUUUAAGUGAAAAGAAUAUGAAAUAUUGUCGUGGUAUGUCGUUGCCAUGAUCCUCUGAACUGGAGACUCUCCUCACCGUUUGUAAGCGACAGGUGUGUGCGAACAAAAAGAGUGUAGUAGAAAGGCUGGCAUUAGCCCCCAAAACUACAAUAAAAAAAAAAAAAUAAGGCGUCUUUUCUGGCGGUCGAGUAAGUUCGGUCACAUUAGCAAAUGAGGAGCUGUUGCGACGGAAGAAUGCCAUCAUUUUUUAUACAAAAAUUUACAUUACGACGAAGUUUCAAAGAUCGCAUGUUUGAUGUGAGAAUGAAUGAGAACGCCCUGCUCUAGAGAGGAUUGGCGAGUGUGACCAUACUUACCUAAUCACUGAAAAAGACGCCUAUACUAAACAGGUAAAUUCAGAGCUUAUUUUUGAGAUUAUAAUGUCAAGAAGGUUCUUCUUGAGUAUACAAUCACACCCAACACUGUACAUAGAAAUUAAAUGUUGGGUACCUCUGAGAAAUGUACAUGUAUAAAUACAUAUUAUAAAUCCAUUAAUUAAAAAACAAAAAAUAUGAAUAUAUAUAUAUAUAUAAAUAUAUAUCUUAAGUUUCCAACAGCGACAAAAUAUGUUUGUUGGGCGAUGUGUGAGUGACUUACUGGUAGCGACAAUAACUUUAGCUAUUAUUUACUGGGGCUGCGUCAACUUCUAAAAAAAAUGACGGAGAAAAAAAAUAAGUGUUGUCUCGGUCCCCAAAAUAACCCCACUUAAAAAAAAAAUUAAAAAAACAAAAAAAAAGAACAUGUAUAGGUACCACUCACUUCCUAUGAACCUGCCAAUAUUAAUACUGCAAAUGUAUGAUAAAUGUAUUUGAGUAUUUUUGGUCACCUUAGGCAUUCUUUAUUUUGAGAUUUCAAAACAAGAAAUGAUUAUGAAUAUUUUCAAGAUUUUGUUCUUCACGAGUGUAUGGUUUCCUUCCAUUCUUGGUUUUGCGCUAAUUAUCCUUUUAGUCUUGAGGUUAUAUGAACCUUUCAUCUCCUCUGUUUCCAUUCAUGAUGCAGGGUUGAAACACAAUAAGUUAAAAAAAAAUAAUCUUUACUGUGCUUGAUAAGUUUACCAGUGCCUUUGGUUAUUUAUCAUUUCAUUAAGUGCAAAUAUUCUCAAUGAGAAAAUUACAAUCUUCCAUCAACAAUCUUAAGAAUUUUUGGGACUAUUGUGGCUCGAAAAGCAUAAAUUGUCGACAGUGAUCAGUUUAACUGGUUAACCCAACGAUUUUUUCUAAACGGCUGUUAACACCUUCUUGGAUAUGUUAGGCCCCACAUUUAUAACUUGAACAAAUGUUGCUACACAAUGUCCAGUUUUCCGCAACCCACAAUGAAAGUCAGUCUCUCUCUCUCUCUCUCUCUCUCUCUCUCUCUCUCUCUCUCUCUCUCUCUCUCGUCAUAUUCUACAGUCAAAGGAAUCACUUCUCAC